GCCGUCUACGUUGCUAAUCGUGAAAAUGGUCAGAUUUUAGUAUGGACUAAUGGAUCAUCGACUCCGACACCAAUUAUUUCGACGAAUUCGACUAAUAUAUGGAGUAUUUUUGUCACAACCGAUGGUGACAUUUAUGCUGACAAUGGUAAUGAGAAUGGUCACGUCAAUAAAUGGACAUUCAACGCAACGCAAAAUGAGAUUGUCAUGAAUGUCCAUGGCUGGUGUACAGGACUUUUCGUCGACAUCAAUUACCAUUUAUAUUGUUCUUCGACUAAUAAUCAUCAUGUGAUUAAGAUACCACUUAACAAUGGGCAAACUGUACCGAUGGUAGUGGCUGGCACAGGAUGUCGUGGUCCUGUGCCAAAUAUGCUUGAUCAUCCGCAUGGAAUUUUCAUCGAUAAUAAACUCAACUUAUAUGUAGCUGAUACUCAUAAUAACAGAAUUCAACUUUUUGCACCUGGAAAAAAAGAUGCUAAAACAAUUGCCGGUUUCGGAGCAAAGGUUCGCUUCAUACUCAAUAGGCCAACAGAUAUUGCGCUCGAUGUCGACGGUUACCUAUAUAUUGUGGAAAGUCAAAAUCAUCGAAUCAUCCGAUCAAUUCCAAAUGGAUUCAAAUGCUUGGUUGGAUGUUCUGGUGAUAGUGGAAAAGCAUCAAGUCAAUUGAAUUAUCCACAAACAAUGGCUUUCGACACAAUUGGGAACAUAUUUGUGAGUGAUUUCAACAAUCAUCGAAUUCAAAAAUUCCAGUUAAUUAAAAAUUUAUGCGGUAUGUCUAUUUCUAUUAUAACUGAGUAA